UUCAGUCUGACGGUACCUACAAUCGCGGCAGCAGCACAAAAAGCAGCUACGGAAAUUCCGGUCGACGUUGAAGAUUGCGACCGAUAGUGAUUUGGAUCUACGUACAGCAGGAUUUCCGUGACUAUUUUUAAGGGAACGACGGUUUCAUGGAAUCGCUAUCCGAACGAUGGUGAUCGUGUUGGCGGAGGUGAUGCGGAGUAUUUGGUGAUGCGCUUUUGGCGGUUUAUCGCCCUGGCGAAAAAAUGUGCUCAAAUGUAUGAUAGUUUAAAUUAAGAAAUAUCAGUUGCUGUGUUGAAUAGAAUCUGUUUGAAAAAAUUUGCUCAAAAAAAAAUUGUGGGUGUUUCUUUCGAUGUAAUUAAAGUGAUCAGUAGUGGAUAGAAGUGAUAUAUCAUUCGAAAUGGAUAACUUAGCGCACAGUUACUCGACCGGGGGUCAGGAUUUCCCCGGAUCGGUUCCCAACCAUACCAGUGUAAAUCUGCGGCGAGUGGCCCCAGUGCCUGGGGCAACCCAUGAAGUGACUGUUUUGCUGACCAACUCUCUUGGAUCGAUGGUUGGAACUGAGGAUACGUUGCAUCGAAGUUUGGUCGUUCUGGCGGCUAACAGCAGUGGAAUUAUGGCCGGUAUGGAGGGGACAAACAGCACGGAGCCGGGUAUUGUACCACCAGGUUACACCGAUUCCACCGUGGCUGUGAUCAUCGUGUACUGCGUGCUUUUUAUCAUAGCCGCCGGUGGCAAUCUUUCCGUGGUAAUCACGCUGUUCCGGUCCCGGCGGCAUCGGCGUUCCCGCGUUAGUCUUAUGAUUUGCCACCUGGCCGUCGCCGAUCUGAUGGUGGCCUUCAUCAUGAUUCCCCUGGAGGUUGGAUGGCGCAUCACGGUUCAGUGGCACGCAGGAAAUGUGGCCUGUAAAGUGUUCCUUUUCAUGCGCGCCUUCUGUCUCUAUCUGAGCUCGAACGUGCUGGUGUGCGUUUCGCUGGACCGCUGCUUUGCUGUGAUAUAUCCGUUACGGGUUUCGGCCGCACGAAAGCGGGGCAAGAUUAUGCUGGGCGGUGCCUGGUUUAUCGCGUUCAUCAACGCAAUCCCGCAGAGUAUAAUUUUUCGCGUUCAGCAACACCCACAGGUGCCGGGUUUCACGCAGUGCGUCACAUUCGGGUUCUUCCACACGCCCGGCAUGGAAACGGCCUACAACCUGUUCUGUGUGAUAGCGAUGUACUUCAUGCCGUUGAUGAUCAUUAGUGCUGCCUACACGGUCAUCCUGUGCGAGAUUUCCAACCGAUCCCGGGAGAAAGAAACUAUCGACACCAGCCACCAGCCGGGGAUGCGGUUACGCUGCAAUGAUCUGACCCACAUCGAACGAGCCCGACAGAGGACGCUGCGGCUCACUAUAACCAUUGUCGUCGUGUUUGUCUGGUGCUGGACACCGUACGUCGUCAUGACAUUGUGGUACAUGUUCGACCGCGAGAGCGCUCUCAAAGUGGAUGGUGCCAUACAGGACGGUCUGUUUCUGAUGGCCGUAUCCAAUUCGUGCAUGAACCCACUAGUGUACGGGUCGUACGCUAUGAAAUGCCGGUGGCCCUGUCAGAGAAGAAAUCCACCGAACGGACUGCAGACGCCCAACGCCGCCCAACGAAGAUCCACAGAUGCUGUCUCUGGGAUGGCGGGACCACACUCGGAUCGUUUGACCGGACGAGAUAAUAAGGACGAGCUUGUGUACGAGCGGGAGCAGAGCAUUAAGCUGAAUCGGCUUAGCCUUAACGACACUCUACUCGGAGGCCAGGGCAAACACGGUCUGGCGGGAGCUUGCGGCCUAAAUGAAGGCGGAAGCUAUCUUCAGCAAACAACACGCUUUGGAAUGGGAUAUUGUACGGAAGCAGUACCGGCAGCAGCAGGAGCAAUUUCCGCCAGCAGAAACGAGCGUACCAUCCGGAGCGUUCAUAUGGCAACGCCGGCGGCAUCCGGUUCCUACAGCCGGGGAAAAGCAUAUCAACAGCCCAGCUACAGUGACUUUGUCAUGAUGGCCGACGAACGUUCGCUGAUACUGUCCAGACCUUCCUUCUACUCGGAUCCGACACCGAACGAGCUGAACUUUUCGGUGGACUGCAAUCUGACCCGGAGCCUGGACACCGGUGGCUGGCGAUGAUAGAUGGGCGAGGGUUAGGCCGGGCCGUUUGCUGUUUGUCGGUAGGAAACUGUAGCGGCACCACCUGCUGCACUAGCAGCCUCAGCAGCAUCACACCUAUCAGUUUAAGACGGGUGCCCUCAACGGAGAACACCACCGGUGAUGGUGAUCAUACUAAAUGAAACUUGAAAUUCUCAAAAAAAAAAAAAAAAAGGUUUGUGAGUACAAAACGUACAAUCGUACAAAUAUGGAUAAAAAGUUAGACAGUGAGUGAAAUCAGCCUGACCAGAAGGAAGGAUCGAAACGAAUAUUUUCCAUACUCGUGUUAGCCUUUAUUUUUUUCUAUUCUAGACUAGUCACACAAAUCGGAAUAAAAAUAUGUUCGAAGAGUUUAUUGUA